CUCUGGUUGGAAGCAUGUCUUUGAAUACUCCGUUCACGGGCUAUGAAUCAAGUACCGCUUCCUUCGAUAUCAACAUGUCAGACACUGGACUUGUAUCAAAUAUUGCAGCUGCUGUAGGAGAUAGAAGUAUCAAAAACACCAUCAGCUUUGCCAUGUCUGAUAACUCUAUCACUGGAUCAAUCAACCUUCAGACACCAUUCGAACAUUUUGAAAAUGUGGGACUAAGUCUGAAUGCAGCAGGUUCAUGGGCUAAUAGUCAGAUUGACAUGUCUAUUAUGAACGAUGAAACCAAACCUGUUGAACUCUUACUGAAACACUCCAUCUUAGGAGACAGAUACGACGCCAGUUUCGUUUUCCGUACGAUGUAUACGCCAGAACUGUCAGCAGGUGUUACACAUACCGGAAAUUGGCGAUCAUUCUCAAACGACGUACAGGUAGCGGCUGGGACAGACUACAGUCUGCAACACAUCGCUACUGUUCGAUUUGGAACGGAUUUAGCCGACAUGUCAUCCACAUUAACCGGAAGACUGAAUGGACGCAGGCAUUUGGUGAAAUCAACCUUUAUACACGAGGGACAGAUUCAUAACUUCAGAACAAAUCUGAUGAAUAACUUCAAUGGACGUAAAUCCAUUAUGAACGUAUCUUUUAGAAACACAGAAUCUAUCGACGGAUCUUUCAUUCUUAAAACGCCCUUCAAACUGUUCAAAAAUAUUGCAGCCACACUUCAACAUUCUGGAGAUCUAGACCAGUUCUCUACCAUCGCCAAUGUACAAUUAACCCCAGCCAAGGUGAUUGCAGCUAAGGUGGACUUUUUCAAACACCGCCUGCGACGCAUCAAUGCCAACAUUGAACUAACAACACCAUUUGAGGGCUUGGAAUUGACAAAAUUAACAUACAGACAUACGGUGACAUCUAAUGACAUCAAAUGUUUCAGUGACGUUACUUACGGAACAGAAAAAGUUAGCGGUUCAUUGAAAGCAUCCAAAAGUCCACUGUCUUUUGACGUGUCUAUUCAAACUCCUUUCACUGACUUCGAGGAAGUUGGUGCAAAAGCCAAGUAUGUCAGACAAGGUCUAAGUCAUAACAUCAAUGUGAAUGUGAAAUAUUGCACUGGAAAAGAAAUCACCUUCAAAUCAUCCGUUGAUCUU